GUAAUCGUUAGGGUAAUAUAUGAUAUAUUUCUAUGGUCCCACAUAACAUGAAUUUAGACAUACAAAAUAAGUGUGGUUACUGUGGUUAAUUGUUGAUAAAUAAUUUGUGCUUAUUGUUUGAGGCAGUGAAAUUCAAUAAUUCAAGGUAUUUAUAAUAAAAAUUAUCAACAUGCAACGCGAACGAAGAACAAAUGCCGGUAAUCGUAUGGCCAAACUUUUAGAUGACGAAGAGGAAUGCCAAGACGAUUUUUAUAAACAAAAUUAUGGAGGCUUUCAAGAAACAGCAUCCGAUAAUGAAUACGAAGCCGAAGAAGAAGGUGAAGAUGUAGUUGAUUCAGAUUUCAGUAUAGAUGAAAACGAUGAACCAGUUUCUGACACCGAGGGAGAUGAAAACCAAAAAAAGAAACGUAGACUUGUAACCAAAGCAUAUAAGGAACCAAUACCGAAAAAUGAAAAACCUACACUUCCAAAACCUCCAACAACAUCUACUAAAAUUCGACAUUCUUCUACAGUUAAUGAAUCAUUUGGUAGAAAGUCUGUGAGAAAAUCCACUUUAGCAAGAACAGCUGAAACAGCUCAGAGAGUGAAAGUAAGAGAUUUAGAACAAAGGAGGAAAGUUAGAAGGCAAGCGGUGGACAAAUGGGUACCUACCCAAGCAGAACUGUUAGAGGAGGCCAAAAUUACUGAACAAGAAAAUUUGAAAUCUCUAGAGAGAUAUCAAAAAAUGGAGAAUGAAAAAAAGGCUAGAAGACCUUUGAAAAAACAUUGUUCAGGCCCUAUGAUUCAAUACAGAUCUACUAGAAUGCCCAUUAUAGAAGAACCUGAAAUGAAUGAUUCAAAUAGUGAUAUCAAGCACGAAAUGGAGGAACAGAAGUAUUGUGAAAGGACAUUUAUUACAAUACUGAAUGAUCCGCAUGAUGUUAUUUUUAAAAAAGUUUUCAAUGUUAAACCGCCACCUUUGUUACCCAAGAAACUAAAAUGUGCUGUGACUGGUAAACCAGCUCAUUAUGUGGAUCCAGUCACUCGUGUUCCUUACCACAAUAGUACCUGUUUGAAAAUUAUCAAAAUGGCAUAUUACGACUAUUUGCAAAAUAACGGAGAUAAAAAUAAUCCAAUGGUAGCGAAUUUCUUGAAAUGGUUGUCCCAGAAUUAUAAAAGAUUGAGAAGAGAGAUGGUUAUUAAUGAACAGAAAUUUUCCUUUCAGUAGUACACUAUUUUUUUUAUUUAUUAUUAACAGAAAUUUUUUUGCAGACUCUCAUAAGAACAUUAAAUAUUUCUGAUAUAAAAAAAUUGACCAUUGUAAUUAAGAAAUCCUUCCCAUUUUGAAUUUUUGACACUAAAUUUUUUAUAUCGAUCGAGGGAUCAGUUUUCUUUCUUUUAGGAUAAGAGGAUAACAGGGUAUAAAAAAAUAACUCAUUAUUAACACUUAUUAGAUAUUUAUUGAAUUUGUGCACAAAUAAUACAUACCAUAAUCUCAAUAUAUUCUGAAUAAACUCAAAGUAGAGUUAAUUUCAAAAGUACAACAUAUAAUAAUAACAUUAAAUAUUAUUAAUAUGACACAUAAAUUACCUUAAAAUAAUAACUAUUUAUAUAUUUAUUUCAUUAUAGGUAAUAUAAGCUACCUCUUUUUUUUUUAACGAAA